GGAGACGGUUGCUACGACAGUUCCCUCUCCUCUCUGCCUGCAGCCAAACAUUAACGUCAGCUCAGUGUCAAACAACGGUGCCUGCCGGUUUCUGAAAGUUUCCUAAAAAUGGCGUUUGUUUCACGGAGCCACAGAGAUCCAAACGAAACUUACACCUUCUCAAGUCGACCAAGACCUGUUGAGAACCGCCCCAAAUACAGAGGACCUCCGUUUGAACAAUGUAGGAUGCAGAGUAAUUAUGGAAACAUUAUGUAUGACCGUCGUGUUGUCAGGGGAAACUCUCAUGGCCAACACAUCAUACCAACUGCGGCUCAGACACACCCUAUUGAAAUACAAAGACAACAAGAGAUGAGGAGGAGAAAACGAGCCCGGGAGCAGUUCAGGACCAUGACUCCCGAGGCCCUGCAGGGCAGAAAACACAUUGAAAUCCAAACAGAGCUUUAUCUGGAAGAACUGAGCAAUGUUAUAGUGGCUACAGAUACUGAGUGCCAGACAGAUGCUUUCCUGGACAAACCAGCAACCCCACUCUUCAUACCUGCUAAAUCUGGCAAAGAUGUUGAUACACAGAUAGAGGAGGGAGAGUUGUUUGACUUUGACCUGGAGGUGCAGCCAGUGUUGGAGGUGCUGGUGGGUAAGACAAUCGAACAGUCUCUGAUGGAGGUGAUGGAGGAAGAGGAGCUAGCCUGUCUGAGGGCCCAGCAGAGAGCCUUCAAUGAGCUGCGCAACAAUGAGCUGGCAGAGGUGAAGCGUCUUCAGGAGCAGGAGCGACGCCACAGUGAGGAGAAAGAGCGUAGAAUUGCCCAGCAGAGGGAGAUGCUGAAGAAAGAAAGAGAGACCGCGGAGAAGAUUGCUGCCCGGGCAUACACCCAGCAGUACUUGGCUGACCUCUUACCAGCAGUCUUUACCUCACUGAGGGGCCACGGCUACUUUUACGACCCUGUGGAGAAAGAUGUCGAGACCAAUUUCUUCCCGUGGCUGAUGAAUGAGGUUCACAAAAGUUUGGAGAAGAGAUACAUAGCAAGAGAGCUGCUGGACACUAUCAUCCAGGAGGUCGCCCAGAGGAGACUGAACACAACCUGCUAAAUCUGACAUGUAGAGACACUCGGUGGUGAUGAGUCACUGAGAAAGGACAAGUGUAUGAAUGUAUAUUCUCAAAAAUAAAAUGUUGGUGCACUGCAA